AUGACCCGAGGCACGACCAACCAGAAGAAAGUCAGUCCUGCAGAGGUUGUCUUGGAAAGGGCUGCACCCUCCCCCGAGCUGUUUCCCAGAGCUGUUUCUGCCAGUGGCGAGUGUGCCCGCACCAUCCUGUUCCCACGCCUCUGCCUUCCAGGCCACCUGACCUAUCUGCACCUGGCCGAGUUUCUGCGGCGCUGCAAGCAGGGCCUGUGCCCCAACGGCAUCAUCGUCAUCAAAGACAACAUGGCCCAGGAGGGCGUGAUCCUGGACGAUGUGGACAGCAGCGUGUGCCGGGACCUCGAGGUGGUCCACGGCAUCUUCCGAAGCGCAGGCCUCAGCCUCCUCGCCCAGGAGCAGCAGGAGAACCUCCCCGAUGAGAUCUACCACGUCUACAGCUUGGCCCUGAGAUGAGCAGGGCUGCAGGGCAAGAGGGACCGGCAGGGGCGGACAGCUGGCAGCCAGGUGCCAUCAGAGGCUCAUUCUGAUGGUUCGCAGGAGUUGAGUGAGGCCAGUAAAUGUACCUGCCUGCCAUCCACUGGCUAUACAGGCUCUUUUUAACCACAGGACCCACCGAGGAGGAGUGCCAUCCAAUGGGCAGUGAGGCAGGCGCCUGGCUCCGCUGCCCUCAGGUGAGGCCUGGGCAGUGCAGGUCUGUGGGGUAUGGCGACCCAUCAGAAGCGAGACUCCUGGUCUCCAUCACCAGCCACAGGCCUGGCGGCCUUAAGAGGAAGAGAACCCUGACCGCAGCUGAGGACAUGACCUCCGGGGAGAGGCGCGGCUGCUGUA